CUGCACGCUUUCGUCUUUGAGAAGCAGAGUGACGCUAGAAAUAUCAAGCAUAUCCUUCAGAAUAAGGGCGUGAAGACUUCAAAGAAUACAACGAAAACGAAGUCAUCCGCAAGUGCUCAGCAAGUUGCUACUGAAUCGUCUUCUUCGAAUUCACAAUUGUGUAAGGCGGAGGAGACACCGCACAGUAGUGACGAUCAGAAACCAUCAAGAAUUCGCACAGCAUCACCCAAUCAGCCUGAUAUUUCGGUGCUCAAAAUCAUAUCGCCAAAAAGGAACAACAAGCAACCGCGUAAACUUCAAGCGGUGAAUAGCGAAGCGGGUUCGAAGCGAGCAACACCUGGAGCUGGCUCUGGUCAG